GGGCUCGGCGGGACUGGGGGACGUGCGGAGAUGUCGACCCCCCCCCUGGCCGGGGCAGGCAUUCCGCCCGGCGCUUUCUCCGGGACACAGGCUCAAGCAGCGAGGGAGGUAAAUACAGCUUCUCUCUGCCGCAUCGGCCAGGAGACUGUGCAGGACAUCGUGUUUCGAACCAUGGAAAUCUUCCAGUUACUGCGGAACAUGCAGUUACCAAAUGGUGUUACUUACCAUACUGGAACGUAUCAAGACAGACUGGGAAAGCUGCAGGAACAUCUCCGCCAGCUAUCAAUACUCUUCAGAAAACUGAGACUAGUCUAUGACAAAUGCAAUGAAAACUGUGCUGGGCUUGAUCCUGUUCCCAUAGAACAACUUAUUCCAUAUGUUGAAGAAGAUGGCUCCAAGCAUGAUGAUCGUGGUGCUGCAAGUCAGCUUCGUUUUGCCAGUGAAGAGAGAAGGGAAAUCAUGGAAGUGAAUAAGAAACUGAAACAGAAGAAUCAGCAGCUGAAGCAGAUCAUGGAUCAGUUACGGAAUCUCAUUUGGGACAUAAAUGCCAUGUUGGCAAUGCGGAACUGAACAAGGAAAAUCAAACUUUGUAAUUGGAAAAAAAAAUUGUUCGGAUAUACUUAAUUUCCUUCUAAGAAAUGACAUGUUUUCGCACAAC